GAGCAUUGCUGAGAUGCCUGACAUAUCGAACUGUGACCAUAAUCGCGACGGAUGACAUAGUGCGAGGUUCUGUGCAUGACUACUGGAAACCCCAGAAAAGUCGAGGCAUGGUGGUUGUAUGAGGUCCAGUAAUCCCCUACCAGAACCUGGGCAGGAUGGGCGAGGGGGAGGGAAAAGGUUGUCAGGUCUGCCAUAGCAGCCGCAAGCCUUUGCUGUGCCCCAAUUGCGUGAAGAGAGGCCUCCUUAACAACCUUGGUCUCAAGGCAAUAAGGCACCAUAGACAGAAGCUGUUGGAGCGCGUCACCAGAUCAUUAGAUCCGCAGAGGAGGAAAGAGCUGCGCGCUGUGCAGCUCCAGAAAAAGCAUGAGUGCUUGGAGGCUUUUGCACGCACGUCUGCUCGAGCUGCAGCCGCUGAGGAUGAGUUCAGACGAGUGCUGGAGGAGGCAGAGAAGCUUCGCGCCAGCAACAAGCGGCGCUACAGGCUGGUUGAGGAAGCAAGGGAGCAGCUUGAUAGGAAGAGGACGGAGCUGCUGGUGCAUGUGCUGCCAGAGAGCAUCCAUCAGCGGACCAUGCAUCUGCGCAUUCUGAGCGACCAGCUAAUCCUGGCGCGCAGUCAGAGGAUGGCUGCGCUGUUGGAGGUGCUGCCGCUGCAGAUUCCCGCGCUGCGGCCCAGUAGCCCCGAAGCUCGGGGGGACCGAGCACCCCGCGGUGGCGGGCCCCUCCCGAGCAGAGGGGGGCCUGGCGGCGACCACCGGGGCCCCCCCGCCACCAUCCCCUACGUGAAGCUGUGCGGCCUGCGCCUGCCCGAGUCCUUCGCGCCAUACGUGGAUGAUCAGAAGGAUGCCCAGGAGACGGGGACGGUGCUGGGCUAUCUGGCGCAGUUUCUGCACCUGGCGGCCUUCUACCUGGACGGGCCACUGCUGCACACCAUCGGCCUCCAGGGGAGCACAAGCUCGCUGUGGGUCCCCCGCUCUUUCUGGGAGCCUGGGCCCCCCACAGAGUCGGCAGUGAACCACCUCCAUAUCCGCAGCGGCGCCCACACCGCAGCCGCAGCCCCGGAUGCAAACAAUGCAGCUUACACGCUGGCGGCCAUUACUCAGCAGUGGGAGGCCAUGAAAAGCGGCAAUUCGUCGAUGCGGCCGACGCGGCGGCAGAAGGAGGAGAUGGCGAUGGCGCUGCGGAUGCUCUGGCGGUCUACAGCGGCGCUGCUGGCCGAGCACCUGGGUGCAGAUGCGCAGGCUCUGCCCUCCGAUUGGAACCCCAUCGCCAGCCUGGCAGUGCUGUGCGCGCAGGCGGCGCGGCCGAGUCCGCGGCGGCGAGCGGCGAGCGCGCAGGUGUCUCUGGCCGGCAGCGUGCUCCUUCGCGCGGCCGCCCUCGGAGCCGGCGCCACCAUGGCCGCCGAGGGCUUCCUCACCGACGACGAUGAGAACGAGGUGGUGGACGGGUGGGACAUGGUGCAGCGGCCGGCGGUGUGGCAGCCGGACGCGUCUACAGCGGUGUCCCUGCUGGGCCCAGAAGCCGCCCACUACCUGCCCCCGCCCCCUAGCCGGCCGGUGGAUGUGCUGAAUUGGGAGCGCGCCAUGUUCACCGACUCCAACUCGGUGUAUCUCACCCACGUGGCGCCUGUCAUUGCCGCAGCUCUGCCGCCCUCAUCUCUGACAGCUCUCCUGUCACCCUUCCGGCGCAGCAGCGGGAACUGA